CUCUCUGCUCUUGAAGUUGGUUCGAAUGUCGCUUCGCUCCUAUUGACAAAGACGUUCAUCGGGCUUGGACUUCACCUUUGCGUUCGAAAUGAACCAGCUGACUAAAAUACCCAAAGGCAAGCAUGGCAAGAAACGCGGAAGCAAGGACUGCCCUACUUCAACACGUGAACAGUUACUCGAGCGUUUCUCGGUAUGAGCCCUCCAUAUAUCUCCCGUCAACCAACGUCUGGCUUUAAGACACAGAAGGAGAAGUCCUUCCUCACCGCGUUCGAGAAACCUCUCAAACCAGAUCCUUACCCACCUUGUGCAGUACCGCUGAAGAAGCUCAAGCGUAUCUACCUCAAGGAUCUCAAGAGUAACACUCACAAUCAUGGCUGCUAUGUUGUUCUUCGAGCGUUCGGUGAGCCUGUCAUCAAGCCUAUCGUCAUCAAUGCAGUCGAAGACCAAAGUGGUGAAGUCGAUCGACUAGCCAUCCACGAUAUGUGCGAACCGUCUCGUGGUUAUUUGGUGAUGGUGUAUAUCUCUUUACAACACUCCUUUGUCUCUUGGUGUCGAGUGAACAAUAGUCUUCUCACAUCUCGGUUGGUAAACAUGAAUUACAUCCUCACUUUACCUAUGAAUCGCUUCCAGAGUCCAGGUGAUUUAGUAGCUAAUCUGGAUAGACGGUCGAUGGAUACCCUAAGGGCUUUGACAUCGCGUCAGGCAUUUCUUACUUGUCGUUCGGCGAGAAAGGAAGUUUAUUGAGUGUUUCAUCAUCGUGCAAACUGCGAAGUCACAUCUGAUGUGAACCAUCGUCAUGAUAAACCGAAAUCAUCAUGUUAACCAUCACCAUCAGACACUGGUAACUUCUUCAAAUAAAA